GAGAGAGGCUGGGAACAAGGUGCGCACAUCCACCCAGCAGCGGGAACCCGAAAGGCAUGUGGGGAUCGCUAAACCUAGGGUCGAUCCGCGAUGCAGCUGCGAAACUUAAGGAUGGCCUCGAGGCCCAGAUGGACGAAGCAAUGCAGCAGUCCGGCCCAGUGGUCGUGCGCGCCGGCCCGGGCCUGGCGGGCGAGGAUGGAGAGGAUUUUUCGCCCGGCAGCCCAGCAGGGGGAUCGGCGGGGGCGCGAGGGAUGUCGCUGACCGCUCCGCCGCCGCUGGGCAUACCGUCCGAGGGAGCCUAUGAUUCGCCGGUGGCGAGGGUGGCCGGCCUGCAGCUUGGAGGCGGGGGUUACGGUAGCGGCGAGGGCGGGCGGCGGGGCUCUUCUUCGAGCGGGCUUGCGGGGGAUGCCGGCGAAAGCGGGGUAUCGCCACCGCCAUCCCCGCCUCCCCGAACGUCGUCGCGCUUGGGGGCUCCGCCGGAUGCAACGCUUGCUGGGGGUAUGAGCGGAGGGGGGGCGGGUAGAGCGGAGACGGGUCGGCAGCGGCGCGAACGGCUGAAGCGCGAGAGGGCCAUAAAGAAGAAGCAGACCGCUGAAGGCGGUGGAGGCGGUGGUGCGGCCAUCGGAAAAGAUAGCGAGAAGCCGAGCGUGAGGCGCCUGCCUACGUCCCCGGACAUUUCCGGGGUCCCCGCGAACGUCACGGAUGGUACCGACGACGCAAGCACCGUCGCCGCCGCCCCUGCCGCCGGGGAAGGUGCUCUGACCUUGCCUCCCUUGGAGCUCGGAGCGACCGCUGUCGUGGACGACGGACCACAUGACGGGGGCGAGGUCGGCCAUGCUCCCACGGCCGCCUUUCCGCCGUCUCUUGGAGUGACUGGCGGUGGCUGCACGGCCGGGAUCGGCGAGAGCGAGGGGGUUAUGCCGGAUACCGCCAAGGAGGGGCCGCCACCGCCUCGAGUGGACGGGUUGGCUGAAUCGGCUGGGGACAGAGUUGGCGCUGCGGCAGGGUGGGGAGACGUAUCUCUGGAGGACAGCGACGAGGAUGUGGAAAGUCAGGGUAAAUGUCAACCCGCCGCGGGCGGGCUUUCGGAGGCUGCUACCGCAGACGGGAUCAACGGCGGGAGUGAUGCUGCCGAGCUCCCGCACGCAACGCCGGGUGUAGCUCUUCCUGUCGCGGCGAGCGCUGCCGAGCCAUCGUCUCCCGGUCGAAUAGACGGUGCAAGCGACGAUAGUGAUGAUGUAGGGAUCCCUCCGUCAGAAGAAGAUUCGUCACCGUCACCGUCACCGUGGGCGGUGCUGCAAGAGACGGACGACGCGGAGGAAGUGGGCAACACUAGCGGCAACGACGCGGGCGGGAAGUCUUUGCAGCCUGGGGAGGCGGGAAAUGACCAGGAAGAGGACGACAAAAGGAGUGAGUCACAGCAGCCCCAAGAUCGGGAGGAGGAGGUGCUGAUUGGUUCCGGUGCCGGUUCGGCGGAGGCAGCCCAGGAGGAGGGGGAAGCGGUUGAGGGUACGUCGUCAACGUCAGUGGCAAAGGACGAAGAGGGUAGCGAGCCCCGGGAUGAUGAAGGCCUUGGCGAACAGGAGGGGGGGGGGGAAGAAGAAGCUGAGGCGAUAUCAUCGUCGCCGGCCGGAGAAGAACAGUCGCCCAACGAAGAACGGGGUGCUGCGCCGCCGACGGUCCCGCUGGCCUCCUCCGUCGACCCCGACGCCGAAUCCGCAGACACAGGCGAUGCCGGAGCGGCCGCCACCGAACACGACAAGCCAGCGGAGGACAGCAGCGCGGAGUCGGCGGAUGCGGGUUUCGAAGGAGAGGCGGGCGUGGCGGAGGAUGAGGCGCCGGGGAGCUCGGUCGAGGAGGCCGGGGAUGCUGAUGGUGGUGGUGGUAGUGCCGGCGGUCUGGCGGAGAGCGACGAGGAAGGGGAGGAGGACGGCGAUGGAGGCGUUCUUACGGACGAGGUCAGAAACGAAGUCGAAGCCGAAGACCACGGCACAGACAGUGGCGCCGCGGAGGAUGCCAAGUCGUUGGGGUCGGCGACACCCGAAGCCUCGCCCGUCGUCGCCGGUGGCACGGCAGACACAGAAACGGAGGCGCCCGGCGGGGAAGAUUUGGCCGCCGCCGCCGCCGCCGCCAGAGAGCGCGAGGACGCCCUGAUGGCAAGGCUGCUCGUAGCGGAGGAGCUCCUUCUCGAGCGGGAACGCCAGCUGGAGUCCACGAACCUCGCCAUGGCCGAGAUCAUGCAAAACGGAGGUAAGGCGGGACGCGCCGGCGACGGCUCCGACGGCGGCGCGGCUGCCGUGGCGGACUUGCGGGAUCGGCACGCGCGAGAGGUGUCAAGGCUGGAGGGCUUGAUCGAGGCGGAGAAGAGGAAGGGGAAGGCGGCGGCGGACGCGGUCCGGUCGUGGGAGACAAAGGCGGAGGAGUUCGAGGAGAAGGACAAGAUGCUUAAGGCGUACAUGGACGAAGGGGCCAUGCUUGCGUUCAAGCAGAGCGAGAUGGAAAAGACGGUAAGGAAGGCGAGAGGCGCUCUCAGGGGUGUCCAGGAGGAACGAGACUCGCUGGCCAAGGAAAACACCGCGCUUCAAGCAUCGCUGGCCGGACUCCGGGAGCAGCUUAGGGCGAAGGAAGAGGAGCGCGCCAGCCAAACGCAGAGCCUCGCUGCCAUGGGGGCGGUCAGCCAGGCAUCCUCCCACCGCCUUAAUACCGCCGAGAAGGCCACAACCGAGCUCGAGAAGCUACGCGAGGCUUUGUCCGCGAAGAAGGCUGCCUUGGACAAGUCCUGGGCGGAGACGAAGGAGCUCAAGCGAAGCCUGGCGGAGCUGAGGGCCGAGAAAGACGCCCUCACCAAGAGCCUGGAGGACGGGGGCAAGGCCCAGAAAGCGACGGAGUCCCAGCUGCAGCAGUGGCAAGACAGAGAGUCGACGCUCCUCCGGGAACAGUCGCAGCUGCAGGAGACGCUGGAGCGCGUGCGGCGGGAGGCGGAUCGCAGGGAGGACGACGCAAAGGACCGCGAGGAAGACAUCAGGAGAAGGUGGAAGGAGGCUGUGGGGCGUGCGGAGGCCCUGCAAGCCGAGGCGCACGAGUCUACCGCCCCUCUCCUCCGACAGGUGCGUUCCCUCCAAGAGGAGAUGCGUCUGAGGCAGGAGGCCGUGCGUGCCGCCGAGGCGUCUCUGACGGACCGCGCUGCUUCGGCCGAGCUGGCCUGCCGGGAGGCCGAGAGGAGGAGGAGGGUGGCGGAGGCGGCGGUGGCGGCUUCGGACGAGCGGGCCCACAAGGCAGAGGGAGAGGUGGAAAGCCUAGGAUUCAAGCUCACGCGCCUGGAGACGUCCAACGAGGAGCUCAAAGCCAAAUGUGACCAACACGCACAGAGAGCUUCCGAGGUGGAGGUGGAGCUGUCUACCCUGAAGGAGUCGUCGAGGGCGUCGGCCUUGAAGCACAAGAGCACCGAGGCCAAGCUCAGGCUGCAGCUGGGGGAAGCGGAAGACCGUGCGGCCGAGGCCCUCCGACGGUUGGAGGGCGAGAGGAGGGAGUCCAAGGACAUCACGAGCAGCCUCAAGGAACAGCUGGACGCGCUCAGGCGGGGGGGGCAGCAGAACAGCAGACUCUACGGGGGGUCUCUGGACAGGGGAGGCAGGAGAGGUCCCCCGGAGACGUGGAGUCGGAGAGACUCGGGUUCUUUUUCGAUCGACGACUCCUUCGCAGGCAGUCAGAGCGGGACUCCUCGAGCGGGGGUUGCUGCGAACGGAGGGGGGGGCGGGGGCGGGGGCGCGGCCGGCGCUUCAUUCGCUGAGGUGGAGCGACUUCACAGUCUCGCCAAGCAGCGCCAGGGGCAGGUGGACGUCCUGCAGCAACGUUUAGAAGCGGUGCAAGCUACACGAGACGCCUUGACCGAAGAAGUCACUUCGCUGGGGAGGAGGAACACCGAGCUGGAGGCCCUCGCCAAGGCCGUGCCCCUAUUGAGAGACCAGGCCCUAGAGCUGCAGGACAAGAACGGCGUCCUGCUGGACCUUCUCGGGGAGAAGACCGAGGACUUGGAGGCUGUGCAGGCGGAUAUGCGGGAGAUGCAGAACAUGUACCGGGCACAGUACGACGAGCUCUUGACAAGGGCUGGUGCUGGAGUGGACAACGGAACCCGUCCUCCUGCGUAGUGCAGGCGUGCCCUCGUACCCCACCCGUAGCAGGAGGCUAAUUAUUAGGCUGAGGCUAUUCAUCUACAACGGCAGAUAGUUUUUUUUUUGGCCAAAAUUUGGCAAGGUGUGUUACCGGUUUAGCAUGGUUUUGGCGGCGCGACCACUCGAUGCGGUGAAGUGCAGGAAUGCGUGCGUACCACGGAAAUGUGGUAUUCGACUCAGUCUUUGUGUCUUGGCAAGAAAGGGGAGAGGUUGGGGCGUUCAAGAUGAGCCGAGACACCACCAGCGGUUGGGGAACCCUACCACCGCGAUCGACCCUCCGUACUCCAGCGUGUCAAGGGAAAUUCGGGCUAUAGACAGACCGGAAGGGAAUUUUUCUCAAGUUCGAUCCGUCUCACGAUAUGACUCCUUCCUGCUCAGCUUUCUGGGCGCUGGGUCAUCUCGCGAGCUGUUUCCGGUUCUUCCUGAGGAAGCAUGACUUACCUUGACAUUUUUUAGACACACGUGUGCAUACACCGCUCGUUCUCGUGACAUUUAUUUCUUCUGUUGCGUCUACAUUUCGCAGAGACUUUUGUGGGCGAUAUGUGCGGGGGGCUCCUUGAUGUAGUAACACCCCCAUCAUGAAUAUACCCAAGCCUUCUCCUCCUUCGGUUUAUCCUGCGGUGUGUUUCGGACGGGGCUUCGAGGGUGCGGUUUCGUGAUGCCCGUUUCAUGUUUCGGUGGCCGUGUGAGUGUCGCCGGUGGUGCCCAGUUGUCCCCCGCUCGGGAAUGAAUUCGUUUGUACACGAAGGUAUGCGACGCUGGCCUCUUGUUUCGGGCAUUUGCUCCCGUUUCUCGACAGGUUUUCUGGUGUUGCAGGUUCAUCGUCGGGGGGCGUAUCAUAGUGCUGGUUCUGGCAUUACUGCGGCAGGAACCACUACCAGUGGACAGCAGCCCAGAAAUCGCUUCCAAGGUCAGCGAUUGCCGCCGCAAACGGGCGCGGGGUGUUCCUACACGCCUGUGGAGGACGAUGUUCUCCGUCUAGUCUAGAAGUGUUUCGAGCAUGGAUAGCGGCAAGUAUCAAGUGUCGGGUAGGAAGAAACUGUUUUGUUGUUUUCCCAGGCGGUGAAGCCUUGAAUAUUGUGAUGCUCCCGAACAAACUAGCAGAAGCUCGCCCUCGAGCUCACCACCAGCAUGGUGACGAGAAAGGCAGGGAAUGACGCCGCGCAUGGCCGUGGACAAGGUGGCUCUACAGGAUGUUCAGGCUGAUGCAGCAUUUACCUGCUGAAGAGCCGCGGGUACGCCGCUGCGCCAGUUUCUGAGGAGAGAGUUCCCUUUGAGCUGAUUUCAAGAACAUAGUUCCGGCAUCAUCUGUUACGGAUUUUUUUUCGGGACAGUGGUGGUCAUGACCUAUGUAGUUUUUGCACA